GGAAUUCCGACGAGGUUGGUCGCCCGUGCGAGUGCUCAGCCAUUUUGAAAAGUUUGUGGACGGAGUCAAAAACGUCGCGAGCUACUCAGUGCGUUGAAGAAUUUCUGACAAAUUUUACCCUAAAAAACUGAGAAAAUCGGUGGCCUUCUAAUUUUUCCUAUCAUAUGUGUUUUGUUCUAUCGAUUAAGCUGUGUGUGGAUGCGCGCGUGGACCGCUUGUGGUUGAAAAGUAAAUAAUUAUGAGAUCAUUGUGAAAAAGAACGCGUGAGUUGCCUGUUCGUCGCCACAUUUUCCCCAAAAUAGGCUGUGAAAAAACUGCAAUAUUUUUAUCGCGUGUACAUUAUAGUGAAAGCGAAACUCGGGAAUAAGAGCCAGGACAGCUAUAACUGCGAGUUGGAGGAGUUUGUGUAGCGCAAUUUCACAGAGGAUAGCGUUGCUGGACGUGAUACUUGACAAUGGCGUGUGCAACUUUGAAACGGUCUUUGGAUUGGGAGGCGAUAAACCAGCGUCCGACCAAACGGCGCAGAUGUAAUCCAUUUGGGAAUUCAGGAAAUACGUCGCCGGGGCCUUCGUCGGGCUCUAACCAGCCCGGAUCGCCGUCACACAAUAGCAACAGUCGCCUUAUGGUGGAACCACACCAAUCUCCCUUUGCGGACACAUCAGUGGGCAAAAUCUCCCCAGAUAAAAUGGCACAAAACAUUCGGGAAGAAAUCAUCAGAUUGCAUAGACGUAAGCAACUUCCACUUUCCUCCUCGGCGUUGGAGCGUAUGCAGGACUCAGAAUCGAGCGGAUCGGAAAUGGGACCCGACAGCCCACGGCGUCCAGACAGUCCCCCAAGCUUAGUCAGACAUCCCGAAAAAGCUUUAUUUACAUUUAAACAGGUGCAAUUAAUUUGCGAGCGAAUGCUCAAAGAAAGAGAAGAAGCUCUGCGUGAACAAUAUGAUGCUGUCCUAACAACAAAAUUAGCGGAACAAUACGAUGCAUUUGUGAAAUUCACAUACGAUCAGAUACAAAGGCGAUACGAAGCCGCGCCGAGUUAUCUGUCGUAAUUGGAUCAGCAAUGGCGUUACUGUUGCUAGUCGCGAAUCAUUUUGUCAUCAGUAUCGUCAUUAAGGACAAAUCAUCAAACUAUUAAUACUUUACUACAACUAUAUCAAGAGAGGAUAUUUAAUUCCAAUAACAAACAACAAACGUACAUCAAUCAAAUAACACUACAAAUUUCGGUUUACUCUAUUUCUUCGUAUUUUUUUCUCCUUUUUGAAUUUUCAAAUAGCAAAUAUUUUACUUUUAGUUUAUUAUUAUAAUUAUUACAAGAAUAUAUUGAAAAAGAUCAUUUAUAGAGCUAAGAUUAUAUCGACUUAAAAGAAAACAAACAACCACAACAAGAAAGCGUAUAGUUGAAAGCAACAACGUGAAACCAUCCGAGAAGUAGCUGAAAUCAUUGUUCAUGAAAGCCCGGUUUGUUGUCCAAACAAUUUGUUGUCGAACGACUUAAUUUAGGAGUAUAUACCGUUGUUUCUUGUUCUUUAUCUCCAUUUUAUUUGACUUUUUAUUUCUAGUGCAUUAUUUGUAUGAUUAUAUAUAGUUUACGUGAAAUAAACAUUGAUACGCUGAUUGUAAUUACCAAUGUUAUGUAAGGGACGUCGAAACAUAACAGUUUUUCUUGGAAUUGUAUUAUAUUGUCUUGAAAUCGGAGGACUAUCAGUCGAGAGCGGGAGUUUCAAUCCAAACUUGAUAACUAGGAGCAGAAUCCACAAAAGUCUGAAGAAAACUCAUUUCACGAAAUGGAGAUAACUAACGUGGAAUUUCAUUUAUGCGCUUGUAAUAAAAUUAGAGUUAAAUUUACAUGUGUUUAUUUUCAAUCCGCUUUCGUCCCUUUGUUUCCAUCUAAAUACACUUUUUUCAUUUCGAAUAGUGCGGAUUCAUAUUUAUAAGCAAAAGUGUAAAAAAAAUAUUGCGAUAAUUUAUAGCUGAAUAAUGAUACAGUAAUACUAAGGUCGAUAUCCAUUUCAAACUGAUUAGAUUUAAUUGUAUUUUGUUUUUCUACGUUCAGUCGCUCGCCAUACGUUUUUGGUACGGUAUCAAGUUUUCAAUUGGCGACCAAGCACUGAGAGAAGUCGGCGAUAGAUGGUUAAGGAAAUUACAUACUUUAGAUUAUUUUUAAUGUAUACAAUAGAGUCAACGUAAUUUUAGAGUAGAAUUUGUCACUAUGUUCUCAAUUUCAAUCCUGAUUGUUGUGCCACGAAACGGACAUGCUGUUCUGUACGAAAACAACAUCUUGACAGAACUGGCGGGUGAAGGAGAAAGCAAUUGGAAAUAAAUUUAUUUGGUUCAAUCAAAA